CUUGAUGCAAAAACGUUAAAGGAUCAUGGAAUUCAUCCAUCAGAAAUAACUUCAUGGAAGGACGCGAGUUCGGCAGCCAAAAAGAUAGAAAUGGUUCGUAUACUAUAGCGACAAAAUUAUGGAGAUGAGCCUCUCCGCUCUGCGGAGGUUUAAAGGUGUCAAUGUAAAGUCCGUUCUGCGCAUACAUUCUGCACACGCUAACAUUCCAGUAGUUGGGAUCCGACCAUUGGAAUGUUAUUAAUAUUUCACACCUUCCAAACUUUCUUGAAUGAAUCUCUAGUCUGUAUUCAUUUUUAAGCGUAGCGAACCACAAGAGUGUUACAAAUUCAUUAUAAUAUAUAUCUAAUCAUAUUUUACAACUGUGGUACUCAGUUCCAAUGUAAACAAAGCGUUUGUUUACAUUUGGGACUUUACAUCACCUUUAAAUGAUGUUUUAUAACAGAGAAAAGUGGGUACGCAGCGAGUGCCUCCCCGCACACCCGGACACACUUCGCUCUGCGGAAAUUUCAUUAAGGCGGAUUUGUGGAGGAAAGAGAAAAUUGUUAUAAGAUUAAAAUAGAUCGUAAAAAUGUUACAUGACGAAAAUGAAGAAUUUACCUCAACAUAUAUUUGGUAUAUUAUAUAGUUCAACAUCUGUAUAAGCCUUUUCACAUAUGAUUGCAUGUGUGUUCUGUGAAAAUUAUAUCACGUACAGGGUGUCCCAAAAAACACUAUUGAAAUAACGUAUUGUAAGAAUUUGAAUGCCCUCUAGCACUAAGCUGAACGCAAAGAUAUGCGUAAUAUAUUGACAGGGUGUAUAUAUUGUAAAUUUUGACUUACUAAGAAAUUAAAAUAUCUUUGUAAAGCGCACUGGUUUCUGCUCUUGGGGAUUUAAAGCAGCUUCUUAAACAGUUUCUUUAUGCAUAAAAUUUAUUUAUGUCAAGCUUUUAUGCACUUGUGGGUUCAGCAGAGUGCUGAGCGCGAGGCAUGCAAAUUGUAAUAAUACGUUAUUUCAAUAGUUCGGGGGCUUUUGGGGGGACACCCUGUAGAAAGUAGUACAUUUUCACAUGAGAAAUGUACCAAAUUAUGUAAAUCAUGUAAAUCUACAGAAUUCUUCAGCAGUAACCAUUUUGAAAAUGACUUUCAGAUUGGAAAAGAACUAUACUUGGACCUUCCUGCAAAAGCUAGAAAAAUGAAGUUAGAAGAAAUG